UUGUUGUCGCUGAGGCCCAAGCUAGUUGAAGGGUGUUCGGCUGUUUAGGCUGGUGCAAUGUGGAUGAGUAUGUAAUUAGACAAGUAGAGCUCAUUCGAAAGACAGGAGUACGCACUUAGCCUUGUAAGUGUAUUACUCACUGGAUUCUUCUUGUACAGUCUUCGCGCUUUUUUUCAAGUGAAACUGUUUGAUGCAUGCGGUUUGUUAAGUUGUGACUAGAACGAGCACCAGAGGAGUUCGGAUAGAAGAGACAAAGGUGCAACCGCCUCGACACAGCCCCUCUUUACAAAAUAGCCAAGAUGACUGAAAACUCCAAUGAAGAUUCCAAGUUGGAUUCUCCGCAAAAACCGCUGCCUCCUGGCCCAUCAGGGCUUCCCUGCAUUGGAUCCAUCCUGGACUACAAAGGACCGAAGACGAACCUUGCAUGGACCAAACAAUUCGGGCCAAUAUACUACGUCAAAAUGGGCAGCAAAAAUCUCCUCUACCUGAACACGCUGGAGUUAGUGCAGAAGUAUCUGGAGGGGAAGAAAGGUGAACUAUUUCUAGACCGUCCUAUGGGACCAGGCGCCAUUGCUGAAGGUCUACUUUUUGGCAGUGGAGACCCAUGGAGGAAAAAUAAAAGGGCGUUCAUGAAGGCGUUGCAUACUGAAACGUUCCUGGAAGACCUAGAGGGUGCCGUGCAAACUGAGGUGGUGUACGUCAUCUCCGCCCUGCAGCAAGUUUGUGGGGAGACUAUCAGAAUAGUAGACGUCUUGAUAUCAGCCUGUGUCAACGCGGUUGCCGGGCUUUUGUUGGGCGGUUCUCUGCCACUGGACUCAGCAGACAGGAAAGACCUGAUCAAAGUUGCACGAAACUUGGAGGGUUGUAAUCUGUCUUCAGUUCUGACCCAGAUUUCACUGAAAUAUCCAAUAUUGCGAGAUCCACUGUCCAAAUUAUUUUUUCAAGAAAUCGUUGACGUCCACGGGACUUCCAGAACUCUGCAAAGACUUCUCCGACAGUGGAUCUGUCAGUGUCGAAGUGGAGUGCUGUCUCCUAGGCCGUCUUGUCCUGCCAACAAAUGCACCUCAGAAAUAUUUUCUAAACUAAUCAUUCCCAACAGAAACUUUGAAGAAGCCGAAGAGCCCAAAGAGUCACCUAUUUCGCCUCCCAAAAAUGAAGAACAUCUUGAUAUCGCCAUGCGGAGCGCACAGCAAUUCGCCAUGCUGGGUUUUGCGGAAACAGGCCCGGGGGAGCUGCCUUUUGAGGAAGCAGAGGCGCCCUUAGAGGAGUGUCCUAGCACGCCACUGACUGAGUUCAACUGGACUUUUACUCACCAGAUGUCAGUCAACGAACACAAAAAGUCCAUUUUACAGAGAAUUCUUGAUCAGCCUGAGUUUGCUCUUCUGACAGAUGAAAAUGACCAGGAGCUACUUCAGUCACUGAUCGACAUGUUCUUUGGUGGAGUCACUAGCUCUCUGUCUGCCAUUGAGUUCCUUCUGAUGUACCUCUGCAAGCACACAAACAUGCAGCGCAAGGCACAGGCAGAGAUAGAUGAGGUGGUUAAGUCCAACGGCUGCGACAUCAAGUGGUCCAUGCGAGACCAGAUGCCGUACGUUCAGGCCUGCAUCACGGAGGCCCUGAGGCUGGCUGCGGUCACUCCAUCGUCCCUACCGCAUGUGGCCAAAGAGGAUACGGAGAUUGAAGGCUACGCCAUACCCAAAGGGACUUUUGUAAUGGGCAGUAUCUACAGCCUGCAUUAUGACCCCAGAUUUUACCUUGACCCUGAAGAGUUCAGACCACAACGACACCUUGACCUGUUAGGUCGCGCACUAACACCCGAAAGUUUCAGGCCUUACGGCAUAGGGGCGCGCCGCUGUGUGGGUGAAUCCAUCGCCAGCAUGCAAAUGUUUAUCUACGUGGCCAACAUACUUCACAACUUUGACGUGUCCGAAGUGGACAACAAAAAGGCGUGUAACAUGGAGACUCAGAUGAGGAUCAUUCACCGUCUGCGGGACUUCAAGUGCAUGCUAACCAAACGAAACUAACACGUGAUCAAUAGAGUUGUUCUAUUUAUUCUUUAGGAUUGUAUGUAUGGAUCUGUUACACCCACAACGAGGCUAUGCAGUUUGUGUUUGGGUUACAAAGAGUAGAUCAGGACGUCUGGGAUGUUCAUACUUGAAGAGAUUUUGGUUUCUCUUUAACUCAAAUUCAAGUAUCUUUCCGCUGAGAAGCAAAGUGUUUGUGGUGGUUUGUAGACUCUAACUUUAGUCUGACACUUGCUUCAAAAAUAAACAUUCAUACAUGGAAAAGUAGGCCUAUUGUGCUGUGUGAAUAGAGCAAUAAUGUUUACACUGUACACACAUUCAUUAGUUCCUUAAAAAUUGUUUCCAGCAAAAAUAUAUAUAUAUACCGGUAUACAUAUAUAAGUCAUGGCCAGGCCAUUGUGUCUAGGUAAUAGAUCUACAUACCACUAGGUCCUCAUCAUAGACUGGAAUACAUUUACCUCGUUGUAGUCUAGAUCUGGUCUGGUGGACUUUUAACAAACAAUAAGUUAACAUUGGAUGUGACGCAUUCUUGAAAGUAAUCUAAGCAUUGGAAGUUGAAUGAGACCCUAACCUAUAACGUUUAGUCCAUUGUGUCACAGACCUAUAUCCUACCGGGACCUAAAUUGUAUGUUUUCUACGUAAAUUGUGUUUUCUGAGUGCUUGCUAUUUGUAGCCAUCAAUCAAUAGUCGAUAACAUUUGACGAUGACCAGCUAUGGUUAAGUAGGUGGUGGACAAGCAGCUGGCUGCACAUCUUAUCCUAGUAUCAGAUGAUCCCCUCAUUGUAUAUUAUUCACUAGUUUUUCCUGUGUCGAACCGUUUUUGGGCAUUAAAAUAAAUAAAAAAAUAAUUUUUGUUGACAUGUCUGUAUAUAAAUUAUUCAUAAAAACUUUCAUACAUAAUUUUGUCAAUAUAUAACUUCUGGCAUGUUAAUCAUAUGAAUAUUUUGUGUUCAAUAUUUUUGUGUAAAUAUUGUGUAUUAAGGUUGUUUUAUUUGUGUUGUAAACAGAUUUCAUUUGAGUAAGAAACUAGUUUCGCUGUUGUUAAUGAAAACUUUACACAUUUUCACAUUCUUCCAACAUUUGAUUCAUGGUUUUAUUUUCAUAUUACCGGUAUUUUAAUUAAAAAAACCCGUAAAUCUCUGAAUAUACCCCCCCCCCCACACACCAUUUUUUCUCCAUCAUACUGAACGUUUCCUAAAGCCUAAAUUAUAUGGAGCUUGGAACAUGGCAACAAGAUGAUACUCUAGUCAUUUAAUAGAGAUCUUACAUGUGAGUCUUAUAGCAUGUAUGCUAGAGUCAUACAAUAUGUAACCUUAUAUAUGAAUUUCUAUAGAAGAUAUAUAAUGGUACAACUGAAUAUUUCUACAAAUAACAUUUUUAAUAGAACUUUAAAAAAA